AUGGCUAUACUGUUCAAGAAGAUACAAGAACAUUCCACCAAAGGGCAGCAUAUCUUGCAUGGUAAUAAACAAAGUGGAGAGAAACCCUAUGAAUAUAAACAAUGUAAUGGAACAUUCAAGAGACCCAGUCAUCUUUGGAAAUAUGAAAAAACUGACAGUGGAGAGAAACCCUAUGAAUGCAAACAGUGUAGUAAAACAUUCAGUUAUUGCAGUAGUCUUCGGGCACAUGAAAGAAUUCACAGUGGAGAGAAACCCUAUGAAUGUAAACUGUGUAGUAAAACAUUCAGGCAUUCCAGUACUUUUCGGGCACAUGAAAGAAUUCACAGUGGAGAGAAACCCUAUGAAUGUAAACUGUGUAGUAAAACAUUCAGGCAUUCCAGUAGUUUUCGGGCACAUGAAAGAAUUCACAGUGGAGAGAAACCCUAUGAAUGUAAACAGUGUAGUAAAAUAUUCAGUGAUUCCAGUAGUCGUUGGAGACAUGAAAGAAUUCACAGUGGAGAGAAACCCUAUGAAUGUAAACAAUGUAGUAAAAGAUACAGUUCUUCCAGUAAUCUUUGGGCACAUGAAAGAAUUCACAGUGGAGAGAAACCCUAUGAAUGUAAACAAUGUAGUAAAACAUUCAGUUUUUCCAGUAAUCUUCGGGCACAUGAAAGAAUUCAUAGUGGAGAGAAACCCUAUGAAUGUAACCAAUGUAGUAAAAAAUUCAGGAAAUCCAGUAGUCUUCAGGCACAUGAAAGAAUUCACAGUGGAGAGAAACCCUAUGAUUGCAAACUGUGUAGUAAAACAUUCAGUUAUGCCAGUAGUCUUUGGACACAUGAAAGAACUCACAGUGGAGAGAAACCCUAUGAAUGCAAACUGUGUAGUAAAACAUUCAGUUGUUCCAGUCAUCUUCGGGAACAUGAAAGAAUUCACAGUGGAGAGAAACCCUAUGAAUGUAAACUGUGUAGUAAAACAUUCAGUUGUUCCAGUUAUCUUCGGGAACAUGAAAGAAUUCACAGUGGAGAGAAACCCUAUGAAUGUAAACUGUGUAGUAAAACAUUCAGGCAUUCCAGUAGUCGUCGGAAACAUGAAAGAAUUCACAGUGGAGAGAAACCCUAUAAAUGUAAACAGUGUACUAAAAUAUUCAGUGAUUCCAGUAGUCGUCGGAAACAUGAAAGAAUUCAUAGUGGAGAGAAACCCUAUGAAUGUAAAAAAUGUAGUAAAACAUUCAGGGAUUCCGGUACUCUUCAGGCACAUGAAAGAAUUCACAGUGGAGAGAAACCCUAUAAAUGUAACCAAUGUAGUAAAACAUUCAGGCAAUCCAGUAGUCUUCGGGUACAUGAAAGAAUUCACAGUGGAGAGAAACCCUAUGAUUGCAAACUGUGUAGUAAAACAUUCAGUUAUGCCAAUAGUCUUUGGGCACAUGAAAGAGUUUUAUCAUUUACUAAUUACAAAAAAAAAGUACAAGAACAUUCCACCAAAGAGCAGCCUAAGUUGCAUGGGAGUAAACAAAGUAAUACAGCAGUGAAAAUCUCUGAGGGGAAAGAUAGUCAGAAUGGUAGAAAAUCUCAAGAAUAUGAUGUAUACAACAAAUUAUUCACUUAUUCUAUUCAUCUUCAACAACAUGAAAGAAUUCACAGUGGAGAGAAACCUUACAAAUGUAAAUUAUGUAGUAAAACGUUUAGUUAUUCCAGUGCUCUUCGGACACAUGAAAGAACUCACAGUGGAGAGAAACCCUAUGAAUGUAAACUAUGUAGUAAAACAUUCUGUAGUUCCAGUCAUCUUCAGAAACAUUCAAGAAUUCACAGUGGACAGAAACCCUAUGAAUGUAAACUAUGUAGUAAAACAUUCAGUCAAUCCAGUAAUCUUAGGACAUAUGAAAGAACUCACAGUGGAGAGAAACCCUAUGAAUGUAAACUGUGUAGUAAAAGAUUCAGUUGUUCCAGUACUCUUCGGGCACAUGAAAGAAUUCAUAGUGGAGAGAAACUCUAUGAAUGUAAAUUAUGUAAUAAAACAUUCAGUUCUUCUGGUAAUCUUUGGACACAUGAAAGGAAGCACAGUGGAGAGAAACCGUAUGAAUGUAAACUAUGUAGUAAAAUAUUCAGUUCCAGUGGUCUUCAGAGGCAUGAAAGAAUUCACAGUGGAGAGAAGCCUUAUCUAUGGAUGUAAAUAGUGUAGUAAAAUAUUCAGUUGUUUCAGUAAUCUUCAGACACAUGAAAGAACUCACAAUAGAAGCCCUAUGAAUGUAAACUAUGUAGUAAAACAUUCAGUUAUUCCAGUAGUCUUCGGAGACAUGAACAAAUUCACAGUGGAGAGAAAGAAACCUCAUGAAUGUGAACAACCUAGUCAAACAUUCAUUUAAGCCAAUGUACUUUGGAGAUGUGAUAGAUCUCACAGAGAGAGAAAACAAGUGAACGUAAACAGCAAAACAUUGAUUCAUGCCAGUCAUCUUUGUCAACAUGAAAUAACUCAGAAUGGAGAGAAAUUUGAUAAAUGUAAGCAGUGUUGGAAACACUGUUAUUCUGGUCCUCUUAG